AUGUUGCAGAACUUUGCAUUUCAAGCUCUUCGACUUGGGCGGUCGAAUUUUCGACGCACAGGUGCUGUGAAGAGUUUUGGUUUUCGUUACAAAAGCGAUACAUCAUCCUCUUUGAAUCUGUUUACACCUGUGUGGAAAGACCAAGCAGCUAAUACUAUCAUCAAAUUUGUUCCUCAGCAAAUGGCGUAUGUGGUGGAACGCAUGGGUCGUUUUUCUAGAAUCUUGACUCCUGGUCUUGCUUUUCUUGUCCCUGUUGCAGAUAAAAUUUCGUAUAUUCACUGCUUAAAGGAGCGCGCUUUGGAAAUUCCUACCCAGUCUGCCAUUACUUUGGAUAAUGUUUCUAUAGGCUUAGAUGGCGUUCUAUAUAUUCAAGUGUAUGAUCCAUAUAAAGCAAGUUAUGGUAUUGAAGAUGCGGAUUAUGCCAUUUCACAACUAGCUCAAACAACAAUGCGUAGUGAGAUUGGACGGCUUACGCUCGACCAUGUUUUACGAGAACGACAAUCUUUGAAUGAACAUAUAUCGGAAGCUAUCAACAAAGCUGCUGAAAAUUGGGGAAUUCGCUGUCUGCGCCAUGAAAUUCGUGAUAUUCGUCCACCCGAAAGUGUUGUGAUGGCCAUGCAUCAACAAGUAUCUGCUGAGCGCCAAAAGCGUGCAGAGAUUUUGGCUUCUGAAGGAAAGAGGCAGUCUGUGAUCAACGUUGCAGAGGGUGACAAACAAUCAGAAAUUUUAGAUUCUGAGAGCCAAAAGAUUCGAACCAUUAAUGCCGCCUUGGCGGAAGCUCAAGCAAUUCGUGAAAGGGCUUUUGCUACAGCAAAAGGAAUUGAUGUUUUGUCAGAUAUGAUUUCCCAAAAGGACCAUGGGGCUGAUGCUGUUAACUUGCACGUUGCUGAACAAUACCUGAAGAAUUUUGGAAACCUUGCAAAGACUUCCAAUACUAUGAUUCUUCCUGCAACUGCUAAUGACAUCUCUUCUAUGGUAACUCAAGCUCUGUCCAUCUACAAGCAAGUGUCGAAUUCUCCAGCACCUUCAAAUUCCCUGCAUAAAGAGAUUUCUUCCCUGAAGUCGAAUUCUGCAGAAACGGAUAUGAAACGCUAA